CAUUGAUCCUCCUUUUGUGGCCUGGGCUGGUUUUUCGGAGGCUGCGGGCACGAUGCAGGGAGAAGAGGAGGACUUGUCUGUCAGCAUAGCACAUAUCGUGCAGAAGCUGAAGGGCACGGCGCUGCACUGCCAGCUGGAGAGAGAGGCUCGGGGAAGUCUGUUCAGUCCAGAUAUAAAACUUGAAACACUUAAGGAAGAUAUCAAAGAUUUUUUGAAGGCAUCAGGUUGGGAGAAAAAACUUCUGAAUGCUGUGUAUCGUGAGCUUAAUGUGCUUCCAGCUCCAUCUCAUCCAGCAGCACCUGCUGAACAUAUUAAAGAACCCCUGGCGUAUAUGAGGCGAGCUCAGGCAAGCUGGGAGAAGAGAGUCCUGAAGAGCUUGAACAGUAUGUGUACAGAGCUCAAUAUUCCUCUUGCAUGCAAGAGGCCACCUGACGAGCAGAAAGAAUUGCUCAACAAGUGGAAUGAAAUGGGGACCGAUGAACCAGACUUGAGUCUCUUUAGACCUGUGUAUGCACCUAAAGAUUUUCUUGAGGUGCUAAUUAACCUUCGCAAUCCUAAUUAUGAUAUUGGGGAACAGGCCAGUUUUAGGACUCAUCUUGGUUUAAUUCAAGUUCCACUAAAGAUUAAGGAUAUUCCAGAACUGAGGGAAUUUUUCAGUGAACUGAGCCUAAAUACAGGACAGCUUGGUGUAGAUGACUCUACCCCGGUCCCUCCAGAACUGUUUGAGAAUGAACACUUCCAGCUUGGCAAAAAAGUUCUAGCAGAACAUGACAGUGCAGCUGCUCAGCAGUAUGUGCGGCAGGGAUGCCCAACAGCUCUCCGGGCGGAUUUAUGGGCGCUCAUUCUGAAUGUCUCGGACCAGCUUGAGGACAUCUUGUACUAUGAGCAGCUUAAAUCGAAUGUGAUACAGCAUGACCUUUUAUCUGACAGCCUGAUUUAUAAGGAUGUUAAAUUGACAGCCAGCAACGAUGAUUACUAUUUUGUGUUUGAAGAUUAUCUUUAUCAGGUCCUACUCUGCUUCUCCAGGGACACCUCUGUACUAGAACACUUUGCAUACAACAGUGCUUCUCCUCCUAAGUCUUACAUUCGAGGGAAGCUUGGCCUGGAAGAGUUUGCUGUCCUCUACCCACCAAAUGGUGUGAUCCCUUUUCAUGGAUUUUCUAUGUACGUGGCACCCUUAUGCUUCCUGUAUCAUGAACCUGCCAAACUGUACCACGUAUUCCGUGAGAUGUAUGCACGCUACUUCUUCAGGCUCCACUCAGUCUCCUCUCAUAUAUCUGGAAUAUUGUCACUGUGUCUGCUGUUUGAGACUCUGCUACAGACUCACCUUCCACAACUCUUUUAUCAUCUGCGCGAGAUUGGAGCACAACCACUACGCAUAUCAUUUAAAUGGAUGGUCCGAGGCUUUUCUGGCUACUUGGCUACAGACCAGCUGCUCCUAUUGUGGGAUAGAAUCCUUGGCUACAACUCUUUGGAGAUUCUUGCGGUGCUGGCAGCUGCUGUGUUUGCUUUCCGAGCAAUGAACCUGAUGGAGGUGACAUCACUGGCUGCUGCUGAAGCUGUCCUCGCUGAUAUAUCAACUCUGAAAGUCAUGCCCCUUCUUCAAAUUUUUCUGUUUGCCGUUGUCACCUAACCUUUCCACCAUUCUCCAAUGCCACAGGAACCAGUCAAGAGCUAUGCAAUGAACACAAGCAAAGCGAGACUCUGCUCAUAAAUAUCUGGUUUCACUGAACUUAUGAAUACACAUUUGCGGGUUUACAAGCGAAUAGCAUAUGUCAUCAGCAAGAAAUCUUGUUGAAGGACAUCGUUAUUUCUCAAGUAUUUCAAUUAUUAAUUUAAUUUUGCACGGAACAGCACUGUAAAUAAAGCAUGAGAACA